UUAUUCUUCUUCUUCGUCGUCUUCCACUCUCUCCCUGCCCCAGUCCUCGGCUUCCUCCUGGCUCCUCCUGGCUCCUCCUCCUCCUCCUCUCCUUUUGUUCCUUCUCCGUGUCCUGUGGUGCCCCUUGACCCAUCCUGGCCAGCUCCUUUUCCCCGCGAUGGAGGGGUUUCAAGAGGAAUUUUCUUUGGGCGAGUGCCUGGAUGUCCUCACUGCUGCUGGUCUUCGAACCGGCGAUGUGAAGAAGCGGCAUUUGGUGCAUGCGGAUGGAGAUUAUCAUCGAGCUGUGCACGUCUGGCUGUUCGUGGAGAGCACGCAGGAGUUGGUGUUGCAAAAAAGGGCGGAUUGCAAGGAUUCGUGGCCAGGGUUGUGGGAUAUUUCUAGUGCUGGCCACAUCUCUGCUGGGGACACUUCGCUCCUCACUGCUAGGAGAGAGCUUCAGGAGGAACUCGGUAUCACCUUGCCGGCUGAUGCGUUUGAGUUUCUGUUCGAUUAUCUCCAAGAAUGUGUUAUUAAUGGUGGCAAGUAUAUCAACAACGAAUAUAAUGAUGUGUACCUUGUGACGUUGGUGGACCAUAUUCCAGUGGAGGCUUUCACCCUUCAGGAAACAGAGGUAUCAGCUGUCAAGUAUAUGAAGUGGCAAGAUUAUGAAGACGCCGUGAGAAAGGAGGAUUCUUCGUACGUACCAUGUGAUGUGGAUGGAGGUUACAGUGCGUUAUUUUCGGCUCUACGAAGAAGGUACGAAGUCGAUACAAGUGCUAAACUUGAAGAAUUACAAAUGCACAUCAAUCGUUAUGUUCCUGUUGAAAUUCACGGAGAGACUACAGGACUCAGCAAAGGGGAUUUGCUUGCAUUGUCAGACACCAUACGUGCUGCAAAACUGCUGGAUCGCAUUUUUCUUGAGCAGGAAUGGGCAACCAAUCCGGCUUUAAAAGAUUCGCUUCAGGCAGCGUCUGGGAAGUCAGAGCUGGACAGGCUGAAGUUUGCGUAUUACCUGAUCAAUAAGAGCCCAUGGUCAAUCCUGGAUGAGAACGACGCUUUCCUUACUACUGCAGACUCGGCCAUUCAAAUCGCGGAGGGUGCAGUUGAUGAAUCCGUCACGUGGGGUGGAAAAGUUCGCUACAGGGCAGCAUUUCCUGUUGAGAAGGCGCCUGGUGCAAAUUUCUAUCCAGUAGAUAUGGACAAAGAGGAAUUCCAAGCUUGGAAAGAUGGACUUGACAAGGGACAACAAGCUGAUGCCACUUCCUUCUUCACAACCAUUCGUAGAUCAGGUGAUAUUCAUGAUGCAGAUGGUGCCAAGGUUCAUGAUCUCAAAAUUGUACCCUAUUCUAAAGAAUAUGCGACAAUUUUAAAGGAGGCCUCAUAUCUCUUGCACAAAGCUGGGGACUCUGCAGAGAAUCCAAGUUUGAAGCGGCUGCUCAAAGCUAAAGCUGAUGCAUUUCUAUCAAAUGACUAUUAUGAGUCUGAUAUUGCUUGGAUGGAGCUUGAUUCUCCUCUGGAUGUAACUAUUGGCCCAUAUGAAACAUAUGAAGAUGGGCUCUUUGGCUACAAGGCUACAUUUGAGGCCUUCAUUGGGAUUCGGGAUGACGAAGCCACCCAACGAUUAAAGCUGUUCUCUCAUAACCUUCAGGAAAUGGAAGAUAACCUGCCUAUGGAUGACGAGUACAAAUCGAAAACUGUCACCUUUUCUCCCAUCCGCGUUAUACAACUGCUCUACAACAGUGGGGACGUGAAGGGGCCUCAAACUGUGGCCUUCAAUUUGCCCAACGAUGAUAGGAUUGUGAAAGAGCGUGGAACAGCUAUGGUUAUGCUCAAAAAUAUCUCCCAAGCCAAGUUCGACUACAUAUUACUUCCAAUUGCUAAUGUUUGUGUGGAGGCGUCGCAAAGGGGAGCUGUUGAUUUUGACUCGUUUUUUACUCACACAAUUUGCCACGAGUGCUGUCACGGGAUUGGUCCUCAUAACAUAGUGACACCCGAUGGUCGAGCAUCAACAGUUCGCCUGGAACUGCAAGAGGUUUAUUCCGCGAUUGAAGAAGCCAAGGCAGACAUUGUAGGACUCUGGGCUUUGCAUUUCCUGGUUGACAAGGGGUUGCUGCCCAGAAGUUUGGAGAACACGAUGUACGUUUCCUUUUUGGCUGGUUGCUUUCGGUCCAUUCGUUUCGGACUGGAAGAGGCUCAUGGGAAAGGACAAGCGCUACAGUUCAACUUCAUCCUAGAGAAGGGUGGAUUUUCGUAUCAUCCAGAUGGCACAUUUUCUGUUGAUUACACCAAGGUGAGGCAAUGCGUGGAAGAUUUGAGCAGGUUAAUAUUAACAAUAGAAGCGAAAGGAGACAAAGCAGGGGCAGAAGCUUUGCUAGCGAAAUAUGCCGCUCUCACGCCUCAAUUGCAACAGUCCUUCGAUGCUUUGCAGGAUGUGCAAGUGCCCGUGGACAUAUUUCCUACUUUCAAAUUGUUGGACGAUAUAAAACUGUAACAAGUAUGACAUUUUUUUUUGUAAGGAUAGGCAUCUAUUCUUUGAAAGUGAAAAGCCAAUUAAUCCGAAAGUCAAACGCAAGCUGGAAUGAGGUCUUUAUAAAGUUGCAAUAAAUAUGACAUUUAUGCGGCUGGAAAGCUGUAAUCUUGCGUAGCCACGGGGAAUGUAAGCUUUACAUUAA